AUGGCGGCGCUGCGGAGGCUGCUUCUGACAGCUCCGCAAACAAGCCUGGUCGCCAUCAGAUGUGCUUCUAAGAAAACUGGGGGCAGCACAAAAAACCUGGGUGGCCGCAGUCCUGGGAAGCGCUAUGGUUUCAAAAAAGUAGAAGGUGAAUUUGUGCACGCAGGCAACAUUUUGGCCACGCAGCGGUUGAUACGCUGGCACCCGGGGGCUCACGUGGGGAUGGGCCGUAACAAGACGCUCUACGCCCUGGAGGACGGCAUUGUGAGGUACACCAAAGAGGUCUACGUGCCUCCGCCCCGCAGCACCGAGAGCAGGGAAGUGAUCUGCCGGCUGCCCCAGGGAGCAAUUCUGUAUAAAUCUUUUAUCAGUGUUGUCCCUACCAAGGAAGUAGGAAGCUUUAAACUGGUCACCAUGCUCUGA